CCGCCAUCUUGGAGCAGCUGUCUUCCUCCCGUACGCCGCUUUCUCUGUUGACGGCCGCGCGAUAAAACUAAGCUUGGCUGAACAAGCGAUAUUGUUUGGAUAAUUAUAUAUAAAAUAAAUUAAUUUAAAAACAAUCUGCUGCUAAAUUGUUAGCUCUCAGUGGCUGGUUUUGGGCUGGCUCAAACAUGCAGAAGUAUGAAAAACUAGAGAAGAUCGGAGAGGGAACCUACGGCACGGUGUUUAAGGCUAAAAACAGAGAGACGCAUGAGAUCGUGGCUCUGAAGCGGGUCAGGCUGGAUGACGAUGACGAGGGUGUUCCCAGCUCAGCUUUGAGAGAAAUCUGCCUCCUGAAAGAGCUGAAGCAUAAAAACAUAGUGAGGCUACAUGAUGUGCUGCACAGCGACAAAAAGCUGACAUUAGUCUUUGAAUACUGCGACCAGGAUCUGAAGAAAUAUUUCGACAGCUGCAAUGGCGACCUGGAUCCUGAGAUCGUCAAGUCGUUCAUGUACCAGCUGCUGAAAGGACUCGCUUUCUGCCACAGUCGCAACGUCCUUCACCGAGACCUCAAGCCACAAAAUCUGCUCAUCAACAGGAACGGUGAACUGAAGUUGGCUGACUUCGGUUUGGCCCGAGCGUUCGGAAUUCCCGUCCGAUGUUACUCAGCGGAGGUGGUGACGUUGUGGUACAGGCCGCCGGAUGUGCUCUUCGGUGCCAAGCUGUACUCCACCUCCAUCGACAUGUGGUCAGCCGGGUGCAUAUUUGCAGAGCUGGCGAAUGCCGGGCGGCCGCUCUUCCCCGGGAACGACGUAGACGACCAGCUCAAGCGCAUCUUUAGGUUAUUAGGCACACCCACGGAGGAGCAGUGGCAGACCAUGACCAAACUCCCCGACUAUAAGCCGUAUCCGAUGUAUCCUGCGACCACGUCGCUCGUGAACGUCGUCCCUAAACUCAGUAGCACGGGACGGGAUUUACUGCAGAAUCUUCUGAAAUGCAACCCAGUCCAGAGGAUCUCGGCUGAGGAAGCGCUCCAGCACCCGUACUUCGCCGAUUUCUGUCCGCCCUAGAAUCUCUUUAUCCUUAUUUCCCCAGAAAAAAAAAAUGGACCAACAUGGUCAUACCUCACACACACACAGUCAUUUUUAUUGUUAUUAUUAUUGCUAUUUAAAUCUUAUUUGCACUUACUAAGCAGACGUAAGGGGGGUGUAAUGGAGAGUGUCGGUGUUAGUCGAUCCUGCUCAGUGUUUAGUAACUUUUAACUUCUACCGACUGUAUAUAGAUAUAUUAAAAGGAACGUAUCUAGAGA